CACCUCUUAAGGUUCCCAUUCUGAAAUGAUGUUUCGUUCUCUAAUUUACUCGGCCCUCUUCGUAACUAUACUUGGGUACCGUCUAUGUGAUUACACAGACGAACGCUGCACAGGAGCUCAAGUGAGACUUCACCAGCUUGCAGGACCUAGCGCCUGUAACAAGUUGCACGAAGGCAUUACGUCGUCGCUUCUUGUUAAGAUUGACAAUGUCCAUGAUGGCCAAUACUCGGUCAAUGUUUAUGAGAACGACAACUGCACCGGCGCCAUUGUCGGAACUAUUCAGAACUUGAAUGGUUGUCUUAACAACCUGCAUGCCUUCAACAACAAAUCCGUCCAGGUUGUCUCUAUGUCUACGAAUACCGAUACACCCAUGAGCAAAGGAUUUGAGACGGGACUAUCUAUACGACCUUAAGGCAGCGGAUGAAGAGCAUAUGAACG